CCUCCGGGCGGGGCUAGAGGUCGCUUCCUCGCGCCUGCGGACCUUGCUAGGGGAACCUGCAGACGGCGGGAUGUCCUGGUCCGGCCUUCUCCGUGGCCUCCGCGCGUCCCUAAGUUAUGGCCAAGCCCUGGCCUCCCAGCUGUGGACCACCCGCACCAUGGCCACCCUGAACCAGAUGCAUCGCCGGGGGCUUCCGAAGUGGCCGCCUCCACCUUUGGGCCCCACGGCUGGCCGGCCGCAGCUGAAGGGAGUGGUUUUGCGCACAUUCAUCCGAAAGCCCAAGAAACCCAACUCGGCCAACCGCAAGUGCUGCCGUGUGCGGCUCAGCACAGGCCGAGAGGCUGUAUGCUUCAUCCCCGGAGAGGGUCACAGCCUGCAGGAGCACCACGUCGUGCUCGUGCAGGGUGGCCGCACCCAGGACCUGCCUGGUGUGAAGCUCACUGUUGUGCGUGGCAAGUAUGACUGUGGCCAUGUGCAGAAGAAGAAGUGACUGUCCAGGCCGCAGCAGGCUGGGGUUCACCCAGAACAGGAUCUUCCUCUCUGGAGGCCUGCAGUAUUCUUGGGAAGCUAUUCCAGUUCUGGAAGCACCUGGUCCUGGGUUCAAGUCCUGGCUUCGCCUCUUCCAUCUGGAACACUGCUUGCCCAUAGGGGUUCUGGAUGUGAGUUAGGAAAAGCACCCCUCUGUCUACACCCUUGCCUUCCUUGUGUAGUGCAUUGACUCGGGACCUCUUCUGCUGAGAUAAGGAAGGCCCUGUACUGCCGUCUCUGGGAAGGGGUUGCAAUAAAUACAGACAUACACACCCC